AGCCGAGCCGAGCCGAGCCGAGCCGAGCCGGACCAGGCAGGGCGGUCAGCGGCGGGAGGGUGUUUUAGGUUGACAGGAGAUGGAACGCGAGGGGGCCCCUGUAAAGUCUCCGGAAGAGCUCUACAUCCAGCAGAAGGUCCGUGUGCUCCUCAUGCUCAGGAAUAUGGGCUCAAAUCUGACGCCAAAUGAGGAGGCUUUUCUCCAGACGCACGCAACGGUGGUGCAGAGCCAAAUGAGCCAGCUGCCCCAGCACCCCGUCGAGCAGGGGGCCGAAGAUGGUAUAACAGCUUUCACUAGUGCCGAAACCGAAGAACCAAGAGAAUGAUCGGAGAUGUACAGUGAUUUCAAACGCACCUUUUUCAUACAGCAUCACAGGGACCGCUGGCUGGCUGCAGGUGCUGGUGCCUGUUUUGGGAGAGACAGAUGACUGUGCAGCCAUGAAGGCUGUCAGACUUUCUGCCAUCUCAUUUUCCAAACCCAACUUUCAGUGGGUUUGUGAGAAUUUUAAAACAAGCUACUAAGUAGAAAUGUUUUUAGUUCUGAUGUGUAGGAAGCAUUUUUUUUUUUUUUUUUAAAAAAAAAGUGAAUGUGAUUUAUAUUGCUAUCUGUGUAGAUUAGUUUCUUUUGCAAAAAAUGCUUGAGCAGAUUUGAGGAAUGAAGUAUUGCCCACUGAAAACAAUGGGCAACCCAGACAUAGCCAGACCAGUUGGGGCACCCUGGCCGAAUUCUAUUCCUCUCCAUUUGUCAGUGAUGCAACGCCCUCUCGGUUGAAUAGCUGGGCUAUGGAAACGUGACUAUGUACAUGAGGGGAUUACCCACCAUGAUGGCUGAAUCUAAACUGUUAGUGACUUGACAUUUUAAGGUUUUUAUAUUUGCCAAUUGAUUUCUGGGUGUGCCUUUUGCUGUUAGGUGUAGUCAUUGGAUGCCAUUUAAUGGUUUUUCUCCCACAUGUUAGGAAGCAUUUAAGCUGAUUUAUGCUUGGGUAUUCAACAGUACCAUGUAUUAUGUAUUCUUAUACUCUGAGCAAGAGUGGGGAAGUGCUGUCCACUCCUGGGACGGUUGUUGAGCUGGGUAAGGAACAAUUACUGAAACCCCUCAAGCUGAUGGACAUGGCCUUCUACUGACAGGCAGUGUUCAGUUCCUCUGGAUUAAAACACUUUACUAUUGCUGCUGAAUUCAUUGUGAUGCUAGGUCUCCAUAGUGGUAAGGCUGCAGGGUUGGAUGUUAUUCAGCCAAGAAGUGAUAAACACUAGACAGUGUCAGGGAAGCGUGGCUCCUGUGCCUCUUCAGUGUUGCAUGGAUGGUGGGUAAAGCACUUCUGGAUUGGCAAAUUGGGAUGGUGCUCUCCAACAUUUAAGGAAGGGGACCAGAGGGUGUGUUCUAUCUAUCACACUUCAUGUAUGUGCUAUGGUAGUCACUGAAAUAUAUGGGUUGGUUGUUAGGUGCAUGCUGGGCUGAGUUUUUGUUUUUGGAUGUUUUGGCAUCAGGCAAGGGGGGAGUAGGGGAAUGUAGUGUAAAAGUGUUUUAAAUGGGUUAUCAGGUGAUUGUGGUAUAUGGGUGACUAGGGUUGUUGGUGUGUCCUAUCAAAUCCCUGUAUGAGCAGUGUGAGUUGUCUGUAUUAUUGCUGUUGAGACAAACCUCUUGACUCCAUCAAGGUUGUGUGUUGUCUCCACUCCUGUUCAUGAUCUUCAGGGAUAAGAUAUCAAGGCAUGGCCAAGCUCUGUUUCAUGGGAAUAGGGGUUACCAUCCCUGCUUUUUGCAGACCAUGUCGUUUUGGCCUCAUCUGACUCUGCCAUUCAGUUUGCGGCCAAGUGUGAAACAGCUGGGAUGAAAAUGAGUGCCUUAAAGUCUGAGGUCAUGGUGCUGUCCCAGGGAAGCAAAGAUCUCCUUUCUAGUGGAGGGGAGCAACUAUCCCUGACUGGAGGAGUUGAGUUAUCUUAGAGGUCAUUGUCACAUGAUGACAAAGGGCAGCAGGAGCUUAAGUUGAUUGGGGUGGUGUCAGCGGUUACAUGUACUCAGUACUAGUGUCUGAAUUGGUAGUGGAGUCUAACAAAACUUACUGCUCAGUAUACAGCCUUAUCUUUGCUUAGUCAUGAACUUUGACCAUUUAUGAUCAGGGUAAUGGCUGAAUGAACAAGAGCAAAGAUAUAAGUGGCCAAAAUGAGGCUCUGCACAGCACUGCUGAGCUCACUCUGUGUUACAGGAUGAGGAGCUCAGUAACUCGGAGUGAGAGAAAUUCAUUGCUCCUCCAAAUUGAGAAUAGCACAUUAAGGUGGUUUGGGCAUGCUGUAGGAAUGCCCCCUGCUCCGCUCCUGUGGGAGUUGUGCCGGCCUUUCUCCACAGGGAGGAGACUGUGGGGCACGUUGGAGAUUACAUCUCUUGGCCGUCUUGGGAACACCAGGGAUCCCCAGGAUGAGAUGGAGAUGGGGGAGGUUGGGCUACCUGCUCAAUGUAAUCCAACAAGACCCUGUCUAGGAAGUUGAAGUUGUCUGAUCAUUAGUGUUUCCUUGCCAUGUUUUCAUGUGACAUGGCAACACCUGCCUCCUAUUUAUCGCAUGUAGUUUUCUAUUCGUGGUUCCCAUCUUCACACCUCACCCUCUGUUUAAGGCUUCUGAUCUGGAAUCAAGUUAUUUAAAUGCAUUGCUUUUUAAACCUUUUUUCCAAGCAAUCUACCCAGCCUAGUUUGCACACUGUUUGUUUUAUAUAUGCUUAAUUGACAUAGUGAACUGUAUUAAAUAAUGUUGGUGAUAGUUUUCUUUGAUUAGCCAAGUCGAUGUUCUCAUUUUCAAAGUGCAAAAGAUUGCUUAUGAAGUAGUCACUCUACAACAGGACUUGCAAAUGGACUGCACUUUUUUUAAGGAAAAACUUCAAUCCUUGUUUUGUGUGUUUUAAAAGACUUAUUUAAAUUGUUUGACUUAAAGUUGUUUUGCUUGUCUAAACUUAUAGACAUGCUGUUUCUUUCAACACUCUUGUUCUGACCAUUAGGGAUAUCAGACACUCUGGAAGGGGGGAUUGUCACCAGCCUUAAGUUCAUUUUUAAAGUGUUAAACUUAUUUAUUGUGUUAGCCAGCUAUGUAAAUUUCUGAGUUUCUCACACGGUGUGAUCUAGGUGUUUCAGUUGUUACUGCUGGUUCAUGUAAAAUGCUUUUGGAGAGAUUGUUUGCUGGUUAGAAAAAUUUAAGUUUGGGCUUGUUAAAUGUCUUAUUUAAAAAGUGCAUGGGUUUGUACAUGUUUAGGCUGCAAUGGAGUAUGCCACUUAAGGCAAAUGUUUAGUGAAGCAUUUUGAUUUGUUUUAUAACAUAUUGAACUUAAUCUCUUUUACAGAGAAGAAUACACUAAUUAGAGGGGAAAACUCGCCCCUCCCUGCAGUCAGUAGCAGGAUUUCAGUGCUGAAGCAUAGUGACAUGCAAUCUAUGGCAUGGGAAGUGCUGGAAACUUGUGCAUUCAGGAGUGCUGAGACCUUGCCGUGUCCCUGAAACUGGAGUAUCUGCAACACAACCAUCUCAAACGUGUCAUUUUCAGUGGCUUCAUCAACAAUUGCCUUUCCACAUGGGGAAAAAAGUAAAGAUCACAUUCUGGCCAGAAUGAUUUUUUUAAUUUUUUUGAAUCAUGCAUAGCUUCCUGCAUGUUGUCAGUAGAACACCUGCUGCCUCCUUGUGUGAGCAGGAUGAUAUACAGAGAGGUUAUAUAAAGCAAUGGCCUCAGCUGUUUAUCUACUAACAGGUGUGAUUAGAAAUUAUAAAACUGUGUGGAUUUAAAUAAAUUUUUUUAUGACAAUAUACAACCUAGUCAAAUCUUUAUUGAUAGUGAUGUGGGGUCUUGUCACAGCCUUUCCUACUAGUUAUCAUAUGAUCAGAAACAGAUCUUCAGUAACACAGGGCAUGCUUUAAGCUAUAAAACUGGCUUCAUGUAGCCAGAGUUUAACAUCUGUGUCAUCGAUGUUCGUCAGAUCCACUGGCGUGGGUGUGUAGAUGGGGCAGUAAGCCAGCAGAUGUUCUGCAGUUUGUUGCUGCUCUCCGCAUGGGCAUCCAGGGCUGUCUACUCCUGGUCUACCUUUCUUGUCGAUUAAUAGUUACUGAGACAAGGGAAAUGGUUAUAAAUGUCCGUUUCCCCAAAGUUGGUGCAGCAUCCUCCUGGCUAGUUGCUCUAUCAUGUAUGAGAAUACAAUGAGCUUCUUGGCUGUCAGCACUGUGUGACAGUUAUGCAUUUUCCCCAACAUGUCAGCCUUGUGGACAGACACACUCAGUCCUUAUGAAUAUAAGGCUUGUUGUCAGAGGGACCCUUGCCUGCAUUCUGGACCAUAUACUGUACAACACUCAAAAUAUACAGUAGCAAACCUUUCUGUACAGUCUUUUAAUUCAGGAGCAACUUUGAAAAGUUUAAGAAGUUAGUACUUUAGCUGGAAAAAUAUGACAAAAGUGCUCAUAAUGACCCUUCAACAUCCAGAUGCUUUGCUCUACGACCUCAUUGGUAAGUGGUUUCCCUUCUUUUUGUAAGUUUGUACUUUGUUCUUUCAUAUUUGUUUUUAAAGUGUUAGGUCUGUCCUAUGAUAGACUGGUGUCCCAUCCAGGGUGUA